AUGUCCACUUUACGCUUCAUCGGCCCUUCUCUCUACCAGUAUACAAAACCUCCAUCACAAGUCAAACUUGAACCAGAAAUCAUCGAAAAGAUUGCAACAGUACACAGCAUGGAUUCAUUCAAGGCAGGCGAUAUCACCCUCCAGAAUGGCGAGGUUACGCACUACUACGAAGGCGGCUCAGCAGACGGCACACCUCUGAUCUUCCUUCACGGCUGGCCCGACAUAGCAGAGUCCUGGAAACACCAACUCAACCACUUCGCUGCCGGAUCAAAAUACCGCGUCAUCGCACCCGACAUGCGCGGCUAUGGCGACUCAACAGCCCCUCGCAAAACAGAGUCCUACGCCCUCGAAGUCCUGGUCCCGGAGCUCGUUGAGUUCGCCUCAAAGCUAGGCGUAAACAAAGCCAUAUGGGUCGCCCACGACUGGGGCUGUGGUGUCGCCAAUUCCCUUGCCGCGCACUACCCCGAAAUCUUCAUCGCCAUGGCAAACCUCUGCGUACCCUACCGAAGCAUAGAACUAGGUCUCGAACACCUCAAGGGCUUCAUCAACCGCGACAUCUACCCCGAAAGCGAGACCGAAUGGGGCAAUUGGGAGUACAUGCGGUAUUACCAGGUGAAAUUCGAGGACAGCGUCAAAGCGUUCGACGACCACUUGGAAGCCAUCACCAAGGCGCUGUAUGUGAAAGGCGAUGGUAGCAAGUGGGGCCAACCCUCACCUACAAGCCGUGUUCUGAGGGACGGAGGCUGGUUCGGUGGACAUCCCGAAGAUCUGCCUGAUAUCCCAUUGUCAUACACGUCUCUGGACGAGCAUCUGUACGCCAGUCUGCUCAAGAGCAAGAGAAAGCAUGGUUUCUUUGGUGCGAACGCGUAUUACAUGAAUGACGCAGCGAAUGUGGAGUAUGCGAAGAGCGAGAAGAAUGGGGGUGUGCUGCAGUUCCCUAUGCUGUAUGUUGACGGAAAGUACGAUCCUGUGUGCUCGCCAUCUGUACAACCGAAGGCAUUGGAGGCGAUGAAGCAGUGUGUGAAGAAGUUGACGUACGAGACUGUUGAGGCGUCGCAUUGGGUGCACUUGGAGAAGCCGAAAGAAGUUAAUGAGGCGUUGGAGAAAUGGCUGGCUACUUUGUGA